UACACAUUAAUUAUACAGUGGCAGAAAUCUUAAGAAAACCUACUAAUAAUACUAACGCAAUAGAGGAGGAUGUAUUGUGUUGCUAUCAAGAAAUAAUACGUAGCGGAAGUGGCGCAAAUGUUGAUGCUAGUUUUAAAUUAAUGCCAUGCACUAACUUUCAUCAAAACUUUGUGGUUCCAUUACAUAUUAAUGGUAUUAUAGUUAAUUGCAAGUCCAAGUCUAAAAAUUCCACUUUACAGCAGGAUGCAUUUUCUUUUAUUCAAGUUAAUAAGACCGUAAUUCAACAGGGAUCUCAAAAUGCCACAAUUGGACGCCAUAAACCAAGUGUCUUAAUGAUUGGAAUUGAUACAUUAUCACGGAUAAAUUUUCGGCGCAAUAUGCCACAAAUGUUUAAGUAUCUGGUUGAUAAUAAAUGGUAUGAGCUAUUGGGCUACAACAAGGUUGGCGAUAACACUUUACCCAACUUAAUGCCAAUGCUAUCGGGUUAUAAAAGAGAUACCGUGUACAAGAAAUGUAUUCCACAAAAGGUUGGUGGUUUUGAUAAUUGCAAUUUCAUAUGGACCACAUUUAAAAACAAUGGUUAUCACACUGCUUAUGCUGAAGAUUCAAUUGUCAUAACAACAUUUAAUUAUAAACUGAAAGGUUUUAAAAAACCACCAACUGACUAUUACUUUCAUCCCAUGGCAUUGGCAGUUGAAAAAUCGAUGAAGAGAAAAACUAAAGCUGGAUUAAACUAUUGCGUUGGACGUAGACAAUUAGGAGAAUAUAUAUAUGAUUACGGCACAGAAUUUGCGACACGCUAUAAGAAUCAGUCGAGCUUUGGAUUUUUUUGGACCAACUCAUUUAGCCAUAAUUCCUAUGAUGUGUCGGCCACUAUGGACAGCACGAUGGUCAAGUAUUUCAAAGAGUGGGAAAAACGAGGUAUAUUUGAAAAUUCGGUGGUAAUCUUUUUUAGCGAUCAUGGCGUACGAUGGGGUCCAUUGUUAAAAUUAUCGCAAGGGUUUUUGGAACAGCGACUACCAAUGUUUUUCUUGUCUGUGCCGAAAUGGUUCCGCCAACAAUAUCCAGAAUUAGUGAACAAUUUAGAAAUCAAUCAAAAGCGCUUAACAAAUCCAUUCGACAUACAUAUGACGCUGCAACAUCUGCUGAAACUCGGAGAACCCACCUAUAAUGUACAACAAGCCGUAGAUUGUCCAAAGUGCCAAAGUAUAUUUGAGGAGAUACCAGAAAAUCGUACUUGUGAUGAUGCCAACAUACCAGAAACAUGGUGUACCUGUUUGCCCUUUAAGGCGGAAUCAACAAAAAGCGAAUUGGUUAAGACGGUUACCCAAAUGAUUAUCCAGGAAAUGAAUCAUUACUAUGAAAUCAAGAAUUUAACAUCUUUAUGCAGUCCAUUACAACUGAAAGAGAUAACAAAUGCCAAAGUACGCUAUCCAGAUGGAUUGAAAUCCUCGGAAAAUGUUACCACUUAUGCAAUUGAUUUUGUAACGGAUCCCAAAACCGAACCCAAGACACUAUUUAGUGCCACCGUUGAUUAUGAUGUGCAAAAUAAACGUAUUCACUUAAAUGUUGAGGACAUUAGUAGACAAAGUCUAUAUGAAAACACGGCCAAAUGUACAGAUGACAAACAGGCUAAAAAAUAUUGCAUCUGCAAAAACUCUUUAAAAUUACCACAAAAAUAAACUAAAACAAUUAAAG